AUGGCGCGCAAGUUCUUUGUCGGCGGCAACUUCAAGAUGAACGGCUCCUUGUCGUCCAUCAAGGAGAUUGUCAACAACCUGAACAACGCCACGCUGGACGCUACCGUUGAGGUCGUCGUGGCCCCUCCCGCCCUGUACCUGCUCCAGGUGCGCGAGGCGCUCCGCUCCGGCAUCGAGGUCGCCGCCCAGAACGUCUUCGACAAGCCCAACGGCGCCUACACGGGCGAGAUCUCGGUCGAGCAGCUCAAGGACAGCAAGAUCAACUGGACCAUCCUCGGCCACUCGGAGCGCCGCACCAUCCUCCGCGAGUCGGACGAGACCGUCGCCUCCAAGACCAAGUACGCCACCGAGAACGGCGUCAGCGUCAUCUGGUGCUGCGGCGAGAGCCUCGAGGAGCGCGAGGCCGGCCGCACCGUCGAGGUCGUCACCAAGCAGCUUGACGCCCUCAAGGCCAAGAUUUCGGACUGGUCUCGCAUCGUCAUCGCCUACGAGCCCAUCUGGGCCAUCGGCACCGGCAAGGUUGCCACCACGGAGCAGGCUCAGGAGGUCCACAAGGCCAUCCGCAACUGGCUGUCCGGCGUCAGCGCCAAGGUUGCCGACGAGACCCGCAUCCUCUACGGCGGCAGCGUCAACGAGAAGAACUGCGCCGAGCUCAGCAAGCAGCCCGACAUUGACGGCUUCCUCGUCGGCGGUGCUUCCCUCAAGCCUGCUUUCAUCGACAUCGUCAACUGCCUCCAAAAGUAA